CGGGCAAGCGUUUUAACUCACACGGAUAGCAGUCAUAAAAUUAUAAUAAGUUCACAAAUUAAGAAUUAUGUUUUUAAAAUUAUAAAUAAAUACCCAUUCGCCUUAUGUAAGACACAGUGCUCACCGGCUUCCGUAUGAAAGUAGCACGUGACUAGUCAACACGGAAGUGGCGGCUCGAAGUAAACAGCAAUGGCUCCUACUUUCUUGUGUGUCUUUUGUUAGAAAUAAGACUCCGGUGCUCCUCGCCGCGUGGAGAUUAAGAUCCCGAGCGGUGUCAGUUGAGACGAGUACGGAUCGGAGACGUGAAAAUGACGCGCGUGUGGAUGAUAGCAGAGUGUUUUCUCAUCUGCGUCACUCUGGCGUGGAGCAACGGCGGAGGAGUUUUUGCCAAAUCAUCCCGGAGACCAAACGUCGUUCUCAUCCUCACCGACGACCUGGACAUCUCCAUGGGCGGCCUGACUCCACUAAACAAGACCAAAACACUGAUCGGUGAUGCUGGCAUCUCCUUCACCAAUGCAUUUGUGGCCAGUCCACUGUGCUGCCCGAGUCGAGCCAGCAUCCUGACGGGCAAAUACCCCCACAACCACCACGUGACCAACAACACCCUGGAGGGAAACUGCAGCAGCAAAGCCUGGCAGAAGAGCGAGGAGGCCACCACCUUCCCCGCUUUGCUCAAGAACCUGGCCGGGUAUCAGACCUUCUUCGCUGGCAAGUACCUCAACCAGUAUGGCCACUCGGAGGCUGGCGGAGUGGAGCACGUUCCUCUCGGUUGGAGCUACUGGGUCGGACUGGAAAAGAAUUCCAAAUACUACAACUACACCCUGUCAGUGAACGGGAGGGCUCAGAAACACGGAGCGGACUACAACAAGGAUUACCUGACUGAUGUCCUGGCCAACGUGUCCCUCAGCUUCCUCCAGUACAAGUCCAGCUACGAGCCCUUCUUCAUGAUGGUGUCCACGCCGGCCCCCCACUCGCCCUGGACGGCGGCACCGCAGUACCAGACCCGCUUCAACGACACCAGCGCGCCCAGGGAUCCCAACUUCAACAUCCACGGCAAGGACAAACACUGGCUGAUCAGACAGGCCAAGACGCCCAUGACCAACUCCUCCAUCCACUUCCUGGACGACGCCUUCAAGAGACGAUGGCAGACCCUGCUGUCCGUGGACGACCUGGUGGAGAAGGUAGUGAAGAGGCUGGAGGUCAGAGGGGAACUGGACAACACCUACGUCUUCUUCACCUCGGACAACGGAUACCACACGGGCCAGUUCUCGCUCCCCGUGGACAAGAGGCAGCUCUACGAGUUUGACAUCCGCGUCCCUCUGAUGGUGCGAGGGCCAAACAUCAAGGCCAACCAGACGAGUCAGUUUCUGGUGGCCAACGUGGACCUGGGCCCCACCAUCCUGGACAUCGCAGGACUCAACGUUAGCAAGACGCAGAUGGAUGGUGUGUCCUUCCUGCCCGUUCUGGAGGGGAAAACCAACGGCAGCGCUUGGAGAUCAGACAUCCUGGUGGAGUACGAAGGGGAAGGAAGAAACGUCUCGGACCCCGCCUGCCCCCUGCUGGGACCCGGCGUGUCGGAAUGCUUCCCGGACUGCGUGUGCGAGGACUCGUACAACAACACCUACGCCUGCGUGCGCACCGUCGCCCCCUCAGCCGACCUGCAGUACUGCGAGUUUGACGAUAACGAGGUGUUUGUGGAGGUUUACAACCUCACGGCCGACCCCUUCCAGCUGACUAACAUCGCCAAGAGCAUCGACCAGGAAGUCCUGGAGAAGAUGAACCAUCGCCUCAUGAUGCUGCAGUCCUGCUCGGGGCCGUCGUGCCGCACGCCGGGGGUCUACGACGCUCGGUACAAGUUUGAGCCGCGCCGGAUGUUCACCGGCCACGGAAAGCCACCAAAGAUGACGACGCUGUAAAGAUGGCUGCUCUCCUUCGUCAACAAAGUUAAAAUGAAGACAGACUCACUCGGCCUCAGCGGGGAUUCUAAUUGGAUAUCAUAACGUAUAUUACACAUUGGCUCCAAAAGCCCCCAACACCAAAGAAAAUCAUAUCAAUCCCUACAAAAUAUGAACAAAAAAUAUGUAACAUGAAACGUUGACACGCAGAAAACCAAAAUCCUUCCAAGUGAUAACUGAAAUGGAAGUGUCAGGUUCUCACCUUCUUUGGCCCCGUGGUGGGUUGUUUUGCCAUAUGCAAUCAAAACGUAGUCAAUUACAGCAAAUGGAGGAUAAAAAUUGAUAUUUUUAAGAAAAUGCCAUUUCAAAAUCCUUUUAUAUUAUAUUAUUGUAUUCAAGUAGAGAAUAAAAACUAUCAACAAGUUAAAAAUAUAUUUUACAAAUAAAAUAUUUAUCAAAAUAAAAUGAGAGCAUGCUAAAGUAGAAAAUAAAUACAAUAAAAUAAAUUGUAUGAAAUAUAAAAUAUAAUUUUUUAUUCUAUUUAUUUAUUCUAUUAUUAUUUAAUAUAUUUAACAGAAUGCUAAAGUGGAGAAAAAUAUAUUUUAUAAAGUACUAUUUAACAAAAAAAGUAAUACAGAAUAAAUAAAUUGAAGUAAAUGAUAAAAACACUUUAAAAUGUCAAAAAAUAAAAUUAAAAAUUAAAAUUGUUCAAGUAGAAAUUGAAGUCUUUUAAAAUUAAAAGUAAAAUGAAAAUUGCAUCAAACCGAAGGAAUCGCCGGGCGUCCUGGCGUUAUGAAUACACUGGGAGUCUUUGCUUUUGGUAAUGGUUUAAAAUAAGCCUCCAUGGGGCCCAGGAACGUUGCAUUUUGAUCCAGAAGGUGAGACAGACAGCCUGCAAAAUCUACAUGUACUACUGUGAGUAUUCAUAUAUAUAUACAUAUACAGUAUAUAUAUAUUAGAGAGAUACAGUUGUGAAAGUGUUACCUUGAUCUAACUUCCUACUUUGUUUUACUGCUGAUGUUAUUUUUCCACUCUAAAGUGGAGACCGAUUUGUUCUUCUGAUGACUGAUGUUCAUCAACUUGAACUGAUGAUGCACUUUCCUUUUCUCCUGUCGUGUUCGUGUGCCAAUGAAAGACAUUUCAUAUCAGA